AUGCCCGCCGGCCGCCCGGGCCCCGCCGCCCAAUCCGCGCGGCGGCCGCCGCCGCCGCCGCUGCCCCUGCUGCUUCUUUGCGUCCUCGGGGCGCCGCGAGCCGGAUCAGGAGCCCACACAGCUGUGAUCAGCCCCCAGGACCCCACACUUCUCAUCGGCUCCUCCCUGCAGGCCACGUGCUCCGUGCACGGGGACCCACCGGGGGCCACCGCCGAGGGCCUCUACUGGACCCUCAACGGGCGCCGCCUGCCGCCCGAGCUCACCCGCGUGCUCAACGCCUCCACGCUGGCCCUGGCCCUGGCCAACCUCAACGGGUCCAGGCAGCAGUCAGGGGACAACCUGGUGUGCCACGCUCACGACGGCAGCAUCCUGGCCGGCUCCUGCCUCUAUGUUGGCUUGCCCCCAGAAAAACCUUUCAACAUCAGCUGCUGGUCCAAGAACAUGAAAGAUCUGACCUGCCGCUGGACGCCCGGGGCCCACGGGGAAACUUUCCUGCACACCAACUACUCGCUCAAGUACAAGCUGAGGUGGUACGGCCAGGACAACACGUGUGAGCAGUACCACACAGUAGGGCCUCACUCUUGCCACAUCCCCAAGGACCUGGCUCUCUUUACGCCCUACGAGAUCUGGGUGGAGGCCAGCAAUCGCCUGGGCUCCGCCCGCUCCGACGUGCUCACCUUGGACAUCCUGGACGUGGUGACCACGGACCCGCCGGCCGACGUGCACGUGAGCCGCGUCGGGGGCCUGCAGGACCAGCUGAGCGUGCGCUGGGUCUCGCCGCCCGCGCUCAAAGACUUCCUCUUCCAAGCCAAGUACCAGAUCCGCUACCGCGUGGAAGACAGCGUGGACUGGAAGGUGGUGGAUGACGUCAGCAACCAGACCUCGUGCCGCCUGGCGGGCCUGAAGCCCGGCACCGUGUACUUCGUGCAAGUCCGCUGCAACCCCUUCGGCAUCUACGGCUCCAAGAGAGCGGGGAUCUGGAGCGAGUGGAGCCACCCCACGGCCGCCUCCACGCCCCGCAGCGAGCGCCCGGGCCCCGGCGGCGGGGCGUGCGAGCCGCGGGGCGGCGAGCCGAGCUCGGGGCCGGUGCGGCGCGAGCUCAAGCAGUUCCUGGGCUGGCUCAAGAAGCACGCGUACUGCUCGAACCUCAGCUUCCGCCUCUACGACCAGUGGCGAGCCUGGAUGCAGAAGUCGCACAAGACCCGCAACCAGCCUUUCCUUUUGAGCCACACGUGGUAGGUGUUAGCUUCCCCAAGCAUCUCUGGGAUGAUCCCGAAUUGCCUGUCCUGCCACAUAAGCUGUAGGUGCAGGGGCCACCCAGCCCGGGGCCCCUCUGCACCCGCCUACCCUCGGCAGGAGCUCUGGCGGCCACGCCUCCCCGUGCGAGGCCACCCCCGGGUGCACCCCGGUGUGUGGGUGGCUUCGGCGGUCCUGAACCCAUGCAGUGGCUGGGGGUGAAGCUACCCAGGGCCCCUUUCGAGAGUCUGUUUAAAUAAAUGAGCUGUUUGGGUGCCCUGACUGUGAGGGUGAGUUGUG